AUGUUUCGAGACAGAACAAACCUCUUCCUCUCAUACAGGCGAACGAUUACUCGUGAUGUUUCACUCCCACCUGGAGGUACUGGAACUCCUAUCAUCAGCUCUGGACGCAAUUCGCGUUUCAACGAUCUUGAAUAUGAAGAAGAACAAAGGCAAGAGUUAAUCGGCGGUGGUGAGCAACACUCCAUUGAGUUGAAGCCUAUUAUUCCAUCACUUUUUGAUAUAGCAAAGGACUUGGAUAUACAUUUGGCCCUGAUUAAAACUGAAACGGGCCAAUUGAAUUCCUUGUAUAAGAAGUUGAUUAUCAUAUCCCUGGCAAACAAGACAGAAUUGGAAUCCCAGAUCGAACUGUUGAACUAUUCAAUCUUAUCCAGAUUUGAGAAAUGUUAUGUUGCCAUUAAGAAAUUCAUUUAUUUAAGUAAGAAUCAUGAAAAAUUGGGGUUGAAUUAUGCUAAACAGGAUUUAGAAAUUUUGGCAAACUUUCAACAAAACUACGCAACUCAAAUAAGUGAAGCUUCAGUUGUAUUUAGAAAUUUGCAAAACAACUAUAUGAAAUUUCUUCGAGAUGACGACGAGGAUCAAUUAGUUCUAGAUGCAAAAGCAGAAGAAACUACCGAGUCAAUUGAAAAUUAUUCUAAACAAGUACUUGAACAAGAACAGCAACAGCUACAAAGUAAUAGUUAUCUUGAGCAGCGAGAACGAGAAAUUUCUAAAUUGGCCAUGGGGAUUUUGGAAGUGCUGACAAUUUUCAAAGAGAUGGAAACAAUCGUGGUGCAUCAAGGUACAAUUUUGGAUAGAAUUGAUUAUAAUUUACAAAAUACAGUGGCUAAUUUGCAAGAUGCAGAUAAGGAGUUGAUAAAAGCUCGACAUUAUCAGAAACGAACAACAAAGUGUAAAAUCAUCUUUUUGUUAAGUCUUUGUGUAUUUGCAUUGUUAAUGAUUGUACUUGUUCGCCCACAUUCAACCACAAAGAUAAUCGAAAAACCAGCUCCAGCUCCAGAACCAAAACCAGAACCAGAACCAAAACCAGAAACUCCAGAACUGGUACCGGAAAGGCCUGUUAUAAAUAACCCAGACUCAGGUAAUGCUAAUCCAAAAAUAUGA